AAAUCUCCAUGCUAAGGGACCAAAUCAGGAAGCUCUGCCUGAACGUGAGGAGAAAUCAGCUGCAAGAGCGCAUGCGGGAGAUCCUUGUCAUCUUCUCCCUGGUGGACGUUUUCCACACCAUGCAGCUGAACCCGGGUCCAGCCCCGCAUCAGGACAGGCUCAACGCGUUUGUGUCAACGAACGAUCCAGAAGCUGGAGAAGACGGCUCAGGACAUUUUUAAAGAGAUGGAUUUGCUUCUUACCAAUGGGGUGAAGUCUGCCCAAAAUUCACACAGGAAGAAAAUUGAAAAUAUCUUUGCGAUAGGCGAGAAGUCCAAAGGCUUCUACAGGACCCUGAAAGCUGUGUGCAGGAGGAACGGGGUGUACGUGUCCCGCGUCUUCCACCGCAUAAACAUCAACAGAAGCCUGGCUGAGCCCAUCUACGCAGCAAUUGAAAUGACGUUUGCAAACAUAUUCAGAAAACAGAUGCUCACGAGGAAGAGUCUGCAGGCUGCCAUCAAUGGGUUCAGCACGGUGGUAAAAGGCGAAUUCAUGGUGUUUGCGAGGGACACGAAUAUGAAUGAGUCCAAGCUCCAAUUCCUCUUACAAGAGACCGACAUCAUCAUGAGAGCUCUCGAAAGAGAAAUCCUUCUGAAAAAGAAGGCCAUCUAUGAGUCGCUUGAGCUGUCCAUCCAAAGCACCUUAACGCCGUAUUACCAAGAGGCUGAGAAGAUAAGUGGGAAGGACACGUACAAGCAGAUCAAAAGCAUACUGACAAAGAGCAUCGAGGUGGAGGUACAGCAGGAGAUGUUCAAGAAAGCGAAGGAAAGGAUGAUGAGCCAGUUCCGGGAGCUGACGGAGCAGAUGAGCACAAAGCUCAGCAAGGAUUUCCUCGGCAUGCUCAGCGUCAUCUUCAGCCAGUGUGACACACCGGUCAGCGUGCUGCCAGAUCUGCAGGAAGAAUACCAAGAAAUCCUGGAUAUGCUGAAAAACUUGUGACAGCCUGGCUGACCAAAAAGGCCGGCGCGAAGAGGCUUUCUUUACAUUUUGAGCAUUUCUUUUUUAUCUUUUUGCUUUUAUAUUUUUUUUGCUUUUACUCAUUCAGUUCAUUGCUUUGCUUUGGUGGCCAGCUUGAAGUAGAAAUUUUAAAGAUGGCAGGGGUUAGACUGAGCAGCUUGACCACAGGCUCAUGGGGACCCAGAAUGGAGUGGGUCCCUUGGGGGUCCUGUCUCACACCCCUCCUAUUUUUCCCCUUGCCAGCCUUUUCCAGCGAGCCCUGGAGGUGCAACCAUGAGACCUCGGUUGCUUUCUUGAACGUGUUCAAGGAAACAGGACAACAGAUGAUUAGUUUGAUUGCAUUGGUACAAAAAAUAUAUAGUUUAUGUGUGUUUUUUAUAAUCUUUUCAUAAAAGUAAAUCCUUUUCUACUAUGCAUAUCAGUUCUCAAGUGUAAGCCAGCAGGGUAAGACACCCAUGUCUGAAUUAAAGCCGGAAGCAUCCCCAGAGAAAUUGGGAGUGUGGCAGGUAAGCAGCAAAAGCCACAAAAGCACAACUCUGCUGGAAACGAUUUACAUGAAAUCUAAUAAAAUACAAACCUUUUUGGGUUC